CAGUUCCAAGUUUGGAGCUUUUAGCUGCCAGCCCUGGCCCAUCAUGUAGCUGCAGCACAGCCUUCCCUAACGUUGCAACUGGGGGAAAAAUCACUUUCCAGUCUGUUUUGCAAGGUGUGCAUUUCCACCUUGAUUCCCUGAAAGUCCAUCUGCUGCAUCGGUCAAGAGAAACUCCACUUGCAUGAAGAUUGCACGCCUGCAGCUUGCAUCUUUGUUGCAAAACUAGCUACAGAAGAGAAGCAAGGCAAAGUCUUUUGUGCUCCCCUCCCCCACCAAAGGAAAGGGGAAAAUGUCUCAGUCGAAAGGCAAGAAACGAAACCCUGGCCUUAAAAUUCCAAAAGAAGCAUUUGAACAACCUCAGACCAGUUCCACGCCACCUAGAGAUUUAGACUCCAAGGCUUGCAUUUCUAUUGGAAAUCAGAACUUUGAGGUGAAGGCAGAUGACCUGGAGCCGAUAGUGGAACUGGGGCGAGGUGCAUACGGAGUCGUGGAGAAGAUGCGGCAUGUACCCAGCGAGCAGAUCAUGGCAGUGAAGCGGAUCCGGGCCACUGUGAAUAGCCAGGAGCAGAAAAGGCUGUUGAUGGAUCUGGAUGUCUCCAUGAGAACAGUGGACUGUCCGUUUACCGUCACGUUCUAUGGCGCACUUUUCCGGGAGGGAGAUGUGUGGAUCUGCAUGGAGCUCAUGGAUACGUCACUAGAUAAAUUCUACAAACAAGUUAUUGAUAAAGGCCAAACCAUCCCAGAGGAUAUCCUAGGGAAGAUAGCAGUUUCUAUUGUAAAAGCAUUAGAACAUUUACACAGUAAACUCUCUGUUAUUCAUCGGGAUGUCAAGCCUUCGAAUGUGCUGAUUAAUACCUUGGGCCAAGUGAAGAUGUGUGACUUUGGAAUCAGUGGCUACCUGGUGGACUCUGUUGCUAAAACAAUUGACGCAGGUUGCAAGCCGUACAUGGCCCCUGAAAGAAUAAACCCCGAGCUCAACCAGAAGGGAUACAGCGUGAAGUCUGACAUUUGGAGUCUGGGCAUCACAAUGAUUGAACUGGCCAUCCUUCGCUUUCCCUACGAUUCCUGGGGGACACCCUUUCAACAGCUCAAACAGGUGGUAGAAGAGCCAUCACCCCAACUCCCAGCAGACAAGUUCUCCGCAGAGUUUGUUGACUUUACCUCACAGUGCUUGAAGAAGAAUUCCAAAGAACGGCCUACAUAUCCAGAGCUUAUGCAACAUCCAUUUUUCACCCUACAUGAAUCCAAAGCAACAGAUGUGGCGUCUUUUGUAAAACUGAUUCUUGGAGACUAAAAAGCAAUGGACUUAACUGAUUGACCCUACUGUGGAUUGAUGGAUUUACAGGGUGAAGCAAGUUCACUACAGCGCCAAUAGAAAGUCAUCUUUGAGAUAAUUUAACCCUGUCUCUCUGAGGGUUUUCUCUCCCUAUUUUUUUCUUAUCCCCCUCCUCAGGGGGCCUUGGAAUCUAUAGUAUAGAAUGAACUCUCUAGAAGGAUGAAAUAUGAUAAAGGCUUAGGACUUAAAAAGGUGAUUAAAUAUUUAAUGACGUGCCAUAUAAGUCCUUAAGCUUCUCCGAUUUCUCUUGUUCUUUACAAAAUGAACACGUUGGCCCUGGCAAAAAGGUGCUACAGUAGUGAUGAAAUUGUAAGUAGAUUUGUAGUUCAUCCCAUUUAUUAUUUUAAUAUUUAUGUUUAAGUGCUUGGUUGGAAAGAUUCCAUUUUAUGCAAGAAGGGAGAUACAGAAGAGGGUUGGGUUGGCGAUAUUUAUAGGGCUUUUAUUUUUUAAGUUUGAUCGUGUCUGUGUUCCAGAAGAAAUAAUUUAAUAUGCAUCUUUAAGAAUAUUAUAAAAAUCUCAAAAAGGAGCUCUUCUUGUGAAAUGUCUCUUCCAGUUGUGGCUGCUGCCGUGCUCACAACGUAACUCAGUCCUGGGUGAUCAUCAUGUGUUCUACCCGAAAUGUCAAAAUAUCUUGCUUCUAACCCUUUCCUCACCUGUGGGAAACAUAAAAAUCAUUUUUAUCACAGUUCAAAGAUGAAAAAUUUGGUUCUCUUGACAUUUGUGGUAUAGUAUUAGUGGAAAGUGAUUUGUGAUGUGAUUUUAUAUCUACCCACGUAUCCACAUCUGUGUGUGUGUGUGUGUGUGUGUUCUGCCAACUGGCUUUUAUGAAUAUCUAUAUUUAGUGGAAAGGACAUUUGUCCAACGUAAGGGGAGAGAUAUGGUAAACCACAGAGAGAAUUGGUGCCUUCUGCUUUUGUCCCUCCUGCAUUGGUUAAGACCCAAGGAUUGCCUUCAUAAUUGAUGUACUCUUUUGCUUUGUUUGUAUUCUUAUUCCAUGAAGAAGCCUUACUACUACUGGAAGAGAAGAAAAUUAAAGCCAGUUAGUAGUUCUUUGACAAUAUGAAAAGAUAAAGGGGAAGGUUUAAUUAAUCCUUAGGAACAGACUACCAGAUUUCCACGGGAUGAGUUGAGGCUAUGUCUUUCCUCAGUAGCAUGCAAUAGCAAACUCCAUCCUGAAUUCCUAGUAGGUUAACUACAUAGCCAAAUUUUUUGUGUGGAUUAAAACAACUACAGGUUCUCUGAUUUGGGGCUUUUUCUUCUUUUAUGAUCAAGGAGUGAAAUGAUAGAGAAAAUACAGACCUAUCCUAAAUAACCAGGAACUAUUGCUUUUGGACAUCGUGUUUAUCAGGGCUACACUGGGAGUACAAAGAUGGGGGAUGUUUAUUUAAAAGAAAAAAAAAAGCCACACUAUUUCUUUCCUUGCCUCAAAUUCUCCAUUGUGGAGAGGACUACUCCCUUUUCUUCCCUGCCUUCCCCUAUCACAUUUUGAAAUGCAGUAGUUUAUUUUUCUCUGGAUUUUCUUCUAUCUUAUUCUUGGCAUUGUGCUCAUGGAAGUUGCCCAGAGUGAGUAUGACACUUCUUCAUGUUCUGCUCUGACAGAUAUCCAUUUGAUUAAAUAGCAGCUCCAUGUCCUAUCUUCAUGUGCUUUUAGCCAGAGCAGGGGUCCUGACCUUGUGAUUAUAGCCCUGCAAUUUCUCCCCCACCUUCUUACAUCUGGAAGUUCCUCUCUUUGAGGUAAGAAAAAAUCACAGCUGUACUCCUGCUCUAUUUACUCAUUUUCUGAAAACGGAAAGUAUUGGGAGAAAAAUCUGGGGUCAAUCCAUAACAGAUCUGAUAAACUACUAAAGUAAAUCAUCUUUCUGGUCUGAGUCAGUUUACUCCCACUGUUUUUAUACUUUGAAAUAUUCUUAAGGAAGAGUGUAUUUUUUAUUGGUAUGUCUGUUUAGUUGGUGAGUCCAGGGUCUGAACUUGAAAAACAUUCAUAGUAAGGAAAAAGUUGGUCUAAGGUUCUCCACAUUGGUGCACUUUGGAAGCAUGUAGGAGCUUGUGAGCACUGUCACAUUAAAGCCUUAACCACUGGGGACUUUCAUCUAAUUGGUCCAAGCUAGGGCCUAGGAACUGGUACUUUAUUUUUUCUUUAACAAUCCUCCUGUGAUUCUGAAGUCAGAACAUUGCAUUGGACUUUUUAAGAAGAGAAGUGACUGGAAAUUACUUUCUCUUAAAUAUUUUCAGAGAACAAUAAGUGACUGUAGAAGAACAAGAGCUCCUAUUUCUUUUGCGUUAUCUUUAUCACUAUCAGAGAGGGCAUGUUCCUGGGAUACUGAUUGGAAAAUUGAAAUACCUUUUCCCCAGAGAAACAAUAUUCCACUUGAUGACUAAGUAUCUUAUGUACUAAGAUGUAAUGGCUUGAUAGCCUUAGAAAUCUAAAUUUUAUCUUUUGUUUUGUUUUGUUUUUUUUCUGGUACCGGGAAUUGAACUCAUGACCUUGCGCUUGCCGGGCAGAAGCUGUGCCACUGAGCUAAACCCCCAGCCCCAGAAAUCUAAAUUUUAAAACAUGGUUUUGUUUCUAAAGAACUGUGCUACGGUAUUGUAAUCUUAACAAAACCAAGGUACAUCAAUUAUGUGUAAGUUGAAAGUCUCCUGUACAUACAGACAGAUAUGUAUAUAUAAAGAAAAAUCAGCAUUCAGGAAUAAUGAUGGAGUGUUUAAUUCUCUGCCACCAUGGACCAUCUGAUUAUCAGCCCUGGCUCUACCAAUGUAUUACAAAAUCAAUGUAGCUCUACUUUAGGGAUCAUGCUUAUUUUUCCAAAUGUAUUUGAUUUGGUAUCAUAUAAUUGUCCAUGGUAUAACUUUCCUUUAUAUUUAUAAAAAAUCCACCUCUUUCUAUAUAUUAUUGAUUUAAGAGAUGUGCCAAGAACAUAAUGUGAAGGAUUUUGAAGAUGAUUACUGUAUGUAUGUGUAUCGGUGAGUAUUGCUCUUGAGAGAAGCUACCUUAAGAGAUUAUUUAUAUGAAUAAUUUUACUAAAAUAUUUUUGCCCCUUCUCUUUCAGAAGUCUAUUCUUUCCCCUACAUGUGUAAUCAUCAUCUUAGAAUUUCUCUUUAGUUUCUUCUUCUUUUUUUUUAAUAAAAGUCCUUAGUAGUUUGUGUCCAGCUUGA